AUGGCGAAGACUAGACCGGGCAAAAGAGACUUGGAUUCUUACACCAUAAGAGGCACGAACAAAGUCGUCAGAGUUGGGGACUGUGUCUUGAUGCGACCGUCAGAAAAUGAUUCAGCCCCAUAUGUGGCACGCGUGGAGAAGAUUGAGGCUGAUAACCGUAACAAUGUGAAGGUUCGAGUAAGGUGGUAUUAUAGACCAGAGGAAUCAGUUGGUGGUCGGAGACAGUUCCAUGGAGCAAAGGAGUUAUUUCUGUCUGACCACUUUGACACUCAAAGUGCUCACACCAUCGAGGAAAAGUGCAUUGUUCACACUUUCAAGAAUUACACUAAGCUGGAGAAUGUCGGGCCAGAGGAUUACUAUUGCCGUUUUGAGUAUAAACCUACCACUGGAGCUUUCCUGCCAGAUCGUGUCGCAGUGUAUUGCAAAUGCGAGAUGCCAUAUAAUCCAGAUGAUUUGAUGAUACAAUGUGAGGAAUGUAAAGACUGGUAUCAUCCUGCUUGUGUAGGUAUGAAUGCUGAACAAGCAAAGGAAUUAGAUCAUUUUGUUUGUUCCGACUGUGCAUCUGACAUGGAUGUGAAGAAGUCUCGUAACACUGCACUCCCAAAUGGCAAGGUCGAGCCUAAGCGUCAGAAGAGUCAUGUGGCUUCAACUGCUGCUGGAAAUUAUGGAGUUCCUAAUUGCAUGUGGUGGAUGGUUUCAGAUUAUAUGGUCGAGCCAGUGGAAUGGCGCCACUUGCACGUGCUGGAGUUUUUGUUGUUCAGGCUGUUAGCAACCAGGGUCCCAGUCAUUAAACCGUCGCGUCUUACAGCCCUCUGGCUGUUAGCGUUGCAGCUUGAGGGACAGACAGAAGUUACCCCAGUACUCUUGGUGACAGUCAAAAAGUUGGCCGGUGUAGGAUUAUCAGCAAUGGCUCUUGAAUUUAUGGGGUUCGUCCUUGUUGCAAAUCCAAUUAAUGGAGACUUCAUAGCCGAACCUAUUCCCUUUUCUGUUCCUGGCAUAAUGAUCCCGGAAACUAGUGCAAAAGUAUUUAUCUUCCCAAUAUUCUCUUCAAGGUGGCCUGAUUAUAGUGACCAUAGGAGGAAUCCUGCUGAUGUGCUUAAGCAUGACAUUUUGGCACCGGGGCACCAAAUUUGGGCAGCUUGGAGUCCCAUGAAUGUUCUGAAUCCCAUCCUAUCUGGAAAACCCAUAAUGGCGGAAGGCUUCACCGCCUACAGCUUAUAUCCUGCCGCCCCUUUUGGGGUCGGUGCUGGCCUUGUUGAUCCAAUCCGUGCCUUGGACCCAGGACCCAUCUUUUCUUCAGGAUAUGAAGACUACCUCAGUUUCUUGUGCUCUCUUCAAAAUUCUGAUCCAACAAAAAUCAGAAUUGCCAUGGGAGGAUCAUGUGCUGCAACUUUUAUCAAUCCGGCUGACCUGAAUCUGCCUUCGGUGACAAUAUCUGUGCCAUCUGGUUCACGUCGUGUCAAAGCGGCCGUGGUUCAGCGAAAUCGUGACAGUGUUGACAGUACAGAAAUCCACUGUAGACUUGCAACUUGCAAGGCCAAGGGAAAAUUCAGGGGCACAUGA